AUGUCUUUCUUCGAAUUGCAAAGCACUGGUAUCUCCGCCGCAGUGUUCUUGUCUGCCUACGCUAUCUUCUUUAUAUUUGCAACCGCUCUUGUCUUCAAGAGAGGUUUCAGGACAAUGUUCACCUAUUUGUGGGUGUACUCUAUGAUCCGUAUUGCAAGUCAAGCCUGUGGUAUAGCGUUUGCUCAUACUCCAAACCUGACAAACUUGCUUAUUGCCUAUAUGGUUCUUAACACACAAGGUUUUUUGACCUUGAUCUACGCAUCCUUCCGUGCUACUGUUCAUGAGCAGAGAUUGAAGUUUGGCGUGUCUUGGUUCGACACUCGUGAACUCAUCCAAGGCGUCCGCUUCAAGUUCCUUAGCUCUGCAUUUGCUCUCACUCGUUUGAUCUUGCUUGCUGGAUCCAUUGUCGCAAUUGUUGGUGGUGUGGAAAUGGCAGGUGCUAGCCCAACUGACCCAAACUUCAGCGGUGAGGUGAAAUUGUCGAGAGAUCUUCGUAUUGCGGGCUCUGUUUUGCUUUUGGUUGGUACUUUGAUACUGAUUUUCUUGGCGAUCUUUGCAUUUACUCAAGAGCACAUUAGAACUGUUCCAUUGAAGCUCGUCAAUGUCGCUGCGCCCUUCUUCUUGGUUCGUUGUGUUUACAAUUUCCUUGCCAUUUUUGUCACUCACAUGAACUUUUUUAACUUCGAGAACUACCUGGGCUCGGAUAACAGAACCCUUGUUCUCUCUGAGAGUGUCAUGUCCACUCUUAUGGAAUUCAUCAUAUGUUUGCUUAUGACAGCUGCCUUCUUGACUACUGUUCACGCUCACAAUACUAGCGAAUCAAACAGAGACUCUGGCGACGAGAAAUACGAUGCUUGA